GGUCUGAUACUUCCGGUUGUUUGAUAAGACAGAGAGAGCUUAAAAAAUGGGCAACCUUUUCUGCUGUGUUCAAGUUGAUCAAUCCCAAGUAGCUAUCGAGGAGAGAUUUGGGAAGUUUGAGAAUGUUCUUGAGCCAGGAUGCCAUUGUGUGCCUUGGAUCUUUGGGAGCCAGGUAGCUGGGCAUCUCUCCCUUAGGUUGCAGCAGCUGGACGUGCGCUGUGAGACCAAGACAAAGGAUAAUGUAUUUGUCAAUGUUGUUGCAUCUAUCCAAUACCGAGCCUUGGCAGAUAGUGCGAGUGAUGCUUUCUAUAAACUAAGCAAUACAAAAUCCCAAAUCCAGGCCUAUGUUUUUGAUGUGAUCAGAGCAAGCGUUCCUAAGCUCGAUCUAGAUGAAGUUUUCGUGCAGAAAACUGGAAUUGCUAAAGCUGUAGAAGAGGAGCUAGAAAAGGCUAUGUCUGCCUAUGGUUUCGAGAUCGUUCAGACUUUAAUUGUUGAUAUAGAGCCUGAUGAGCACGUGAAGCGAGCAAUGAAUGAAAUUAAUGCUGCUUCAAGAUUGAGGGCAGCAGCAACUGAUAAGGCAGAGGCUGAGAAGAUUGUUCAAAUUAAACGAGCAGAGGGAGAAGCUGAAGCAAAAUAUUUGUCAGGGUUGGGUAUUGCUCGUCAGCGCCAGGCAAUUGUGGAUGGUCUGAGAGACAGUGUACUAGGCUUCUCAGUAAAUGUUCCAGGGACAACUGCAAAAGAUGUUAUGGACAUGGUCCUUGUCACUCAAUAUUUUGACACCAUGAAGGAGAUUGGUGCUUCCUCUAAAUCAUCUGCUGUUUUUAUCCCUCAUGGACCUGGUGCUGUUCGUGAUGUUGCAACCCAAAUUCGUGAUGGACUUCUUCAGGGAUCACAGAUCACCCAGUAAUUAGGAUCUCAUUACAAUAUUUAC